AUGUUAAUUGUAAUAUGCUGUAUACUAGGACAAAUUAUUCACUAUACUAAUGCGCUAAUUCCUGAAAAUUACUUUGCAAAAACCCAUAGAGGAAACAGAAGUGUCAUCGAUUGUAGUUCAUUUACUGGAAAACCUGUUGAUGGGCCUUCAAAUCCUGUUAUUAUAAGUAAGCGACUAACAGUUUUGUAAGGCGGAGGGUUCACAUUAUAUUAAUGAGCAGUGGAUUUUCAUGCCUCUUUUGGUUUUAACGGCUGUUCUUAGGGUAGGGAAAGACAUGACUAGAGUAUGGCAAGACAGGCCAAAGUAAAAUAAGAUCAAGAAAAAUAGGCUAAAGUAAGGCAUGGUUUUUUUUGAGAAAAGUAUAGUAGAAUAAUGUAGAGUAAAAAAGCGUAGAUUAAGAAAGGGCAGGGUAAGAUAGAGUAGAAAAGGCCAGAAUAGGGCAAGACAGGGUAGAAUAGAACAGGACAAGAUAAUACAGAACAAAGCAGUGUAAACUUGCAAAUGGCAAGGCAAGGCGGGUCAAGACAAGUUAGAGUAGGGGAGUUGGGUAGAGUUGGGUAGGGUAGGGUAGGGUAGGGUAGGGUAGGGUAGGGUAGGGUAGGGUAGGGUAUGGUAUGGUAGGGUAGAAUAAGGUAGGGUAUCUAAAUUUUUACCUGGUCAAUUUUUUAGUUCCCGGCGAUGCAGCAAACCAACUGUACGCCAGAAUCAAUUACAAACCCGCGUCAACUCCGUUUUAUUGUGCUAAAAAAUGGGACUGGUAUCUGAUUUGGGCUGCUAUCGAAACCUUUACUACAGAAGCUAUACUAGAAUGCUGGAUUGACAACAUACGGACAGUUUUUAAUCAGACUACAAACCAAUCCGACAACUCGCCGGGUGUUGAUAUUGAUGUGCCAUUCUUUGGUCGAACUGAUGGUGUUGAGUAUAUGAAUCCUUAUGUGACGUGGCUUUCUAAGUACUUUCAUGAUAUUGUAGAUACAUUUACUCGAUGUUGGGGAUAUGAGAGGGGGAAAGAUAUACUGGCAGCGCCUUAUGAUUGGCGAAAGGCUCCACGUAAGUUUUAAGGCUAGAAAUAGGGUAGGAUAUCUAAGGCUAGGGAUAGGAUUAGACUAGGGGUAUAAAUAGUAAAAAUGGCCUGGUUAGCGCUUCGUCUACGACCUGGGCUAAGACUUGGGUUAAGGUUUAAAUUAAAGCUAAGGCUAAGGCUAAAGCUAAAGCUAAGACUAAGGCUAAGGCUAAGGCUAAGGCUAAGGCUAAAGCUAAGGCUAAGAAUAAGGCUAAGGCUAAGGCUAAGGCUAAGGCUAAGGCUAAGGCUAAGGCUUAG